AUGGAUUUCCUCACAAUUGUCUUAGGAUUAUUAUUUUGUUUUACCUUAAUCCAAGCCUUCCGCUCAAUAUCCACCAGAGGCAAGAACCUGCCGCCGGGGCCGAACCCGUUGCCGAUCAUCGGAAACCUCCACUUGCUCGGUGAUCAGCCCCACAAGUCUCUAGCUAAGCUGGCUAAAACUUAUGGGCCAAUCAUGUGCCUCCGGCUUGGCAGUAUAAAUACGGUGGUGAUUACCUCCUCCGCCAUGGCGAAGGAGGUGUUGCAAAAACAGGACCUUGCAUUUUCGAGUAGGCAUGUGCCUAAUGCCAUACAUGCACACAACCAGUUCAAGUACUCCGUGGUGUGGCUCCCGGUGGCAUCGAAGUGGCGCAGCCUCCGGAAAAUAUUGAACUCUAAUAUGUUUUCCGGCAACCGGUUGGACGCCAACCAGCAUUUGAGGGUCAGGAAGGUGCAAGAACUCAUUGCUUAUUGCCGGAAAAAUAGUCAGGCCGGAGAGGCAGUGGAUAUAGGCAGGGCUGCAUUCAGAACUUCACUGAAUUUGCUGUCUAAUACAAUUUUCUCUAAGGAUUUAACGGACCCUUUUUCGGAUUCGGCCAAAGAAUUCAAGGACCUGGUUUGGAAUGUAAUGGUGGAGGCUGGGAAGCCUAAUCUGGUGGAUUUCUUCCCUGUUCUUGACAAGUUAGACCCUCUAGGUAUACGUCGUCGCAUGACUAUUCACUUCGGGAAGAUCAUAGAGCUUUUCGAUGGCUUGAUCAACGAAAGGUUGCAGAGAAGGAAGUCCGACAAUAGUGGAAACAGUGAUGUGUUAGAUGUUCUCCUUGAUACCAGUCGAGAAAAUCCUGAAGAAAUCGAUAGGGUUCAUAUUGAACGCUUGUGCUUGGACUUAUUUGUUGCGGGAACUGAUACAACUUCGAGCACACUGGAAUGGGCAAUGGCAGAGACACUUAAGAAUCCAGCAACAAUGAAGAAAGCCAAAGAAGAGCUUGCGGAAGUGAUUGGAAAAGGAAAAGUUUUAGAAGAAGAAGACGUUUCUCGGCUUCCAUACAUCCGAAUGGUGCCUGUAAUGUUGGGUUCACUUUUGAAUUCAUUUGAUUGGAAACUUGAAGGAGGAAUUGCACCAAAGGAUUUGGAUAUGGAGGAGAAGUUUGGAAUCACAUUGCAGAAGGCUAAUCCUCUCAGAGCUGUUCCUACUCCAUUAUAA